UGGCUCUCGCAAUAAGGUCGACCAACUAUAAGUGUUCCCGCCGUGCACUUCAGCUGCUCCUAGCCUUGCACAUCGUGCACAUCUUCUGCCUUCCAGCCUCCACUUUGCCGUGCAUCGCCCCAGCCAUGGCUCGCUCGCUCGACACAUCCAUGGGCGACCCCGAGAGAGAGCUAGCCGACGCCCUCGAGGCCCACCGUGGGAGUGGAGGGGAGCCCCUCGCCGGCCUCUUCAAUCUCACCCGGCGCAUGGAAAACGAGCAAGAGGAGCAGUUCGAUGUCGACCUCACAAUCAUGGAUUUCCUGGCUUACAAGGCCACCGACCUUGUGUUCGAAUGGAGAGCAGGCUCCAACCCCCAUCAGUCGGAUCUGCCCUCGGCCCUGGUCACCAUGACUGCGGAGUGGAGAACAUUCCUGAAACACAAACACAGCGGCAAACGUCUCAACAGCCAAGCCGCGUUUCGUUCACGCCUACUGCAGUUCUCCCUGCUAUUCACCCACCGCUUGAACCAUGAGCAGACCUGGACAACCGAGGAAUCCCUGAAUGAGCUCCGCGCACAGAACCGGAAGCGCGGACAGUACUGGAACGAUGCAGGACGUACGCCCGCCCUUCAGCGUCCAUUUGAUCCCUCUAGCGAAUUUCCUCUCGCCGACGGUGCACUUGCCGAAAAUCGGCACAAUCUAGCCUGCGCCAUUGACCAACCACAAGAGAGGAGACGAUGGGUCACAGAUUUGGAAGGAACGCCUACCCUUCAUUGCCUCCUUCCGCUUUUUGUCGAACUCACGGCGGCAAGAGUGCAACUUGGCGACUGGGUGCCGAGCGAAGGAUGGAUGGACCUUAUGGGGCAGUUCAUGCUCCAUGCUGUCCUUGAAGAGUACCUCCUCAACGGCGCUUACAGCCAAGAGACCUUCAACACAAUAUUCGCGUUUGGCUGUCCUGGAACCGAGCAUCGAUCAGACGAAGGUGGUGAUGUAGUAGCUAUGCGCAGUAUCUUUUGCAGCGAUGCGCAUCCUCACCAAGAGAUACCUGGCUGGUCCGAGGUCAGACAGCGCUACGUGCAAGAGCUUCUGCCACCACCAAACUCGUCGACCUCCUUUGUGCAAGCCAUGGAGCGCGCCCAGGAACUGCAUCCCUAUGAAGCCUUCGAGAAUAGCACCAUCGCUUUCUUGGAGUACCUACAUGAUGAACUCAUCAAGCCUGACCUCGUCCAAGUUGAGGAAGGGCGCGUCAACAUUCACGGCAACGAGCUGCCCGAAAGCGACUCUCGAGAGAUGAUUCGCCGGAUGGGCUUGUAACGUACUCAUGCAUACCCAAAUUUCAUUUCUUGACACCUGACAUGGCCAACGGUUGCGCAUUGGAACUGCUCAUGACACAUAUCUUCUUCUCCUUCAAGCCGUUUUCGAGCACGACAGCUCACCUCUUCUU